GGCAGUAUCAUUUAUUAAUUUACCUAACAAAUCAAUUAUGCGAGACCUUUCUCCACUUUACACGCAUCUCCCGAUAUUUUCUGAAACUCCGUUCUCUCGUUCACACCAUACUUAUCGUUAUCGUGUAUAUGUAAAAUCAAAAUUUGAAGUAGUGUAGAGUUGUGGUGAUCUUCUUGCAGGCUUCACAUGAAUAAAUAUUUGGGCUGUGUAUGGUUUCCAAGUUCCCACCUCCAAGUCUCCCUGCAACCCAACAACAUCCAUCCAUAUCAUGUGAAAACACUUCUUUAUUUCCCACUCCCAUUAAACUAAUCCAAUCAAAAUUCCUCCUGUCCUCAUGGAGCAAGUCAAAUCACAGGAAACCCAAUAUCCUAAUCCACAAUCCACAUGUGAAAUGACCAUAAUGCCCCCAGCCAUCUUCCAAGAAAGAGAGAUGGGCAGUUCUUGCAAGAGCCUUAGCCGACAGGCAAUUACUGUCUGUACAUUGGUUGCCACCACUUUCCUUGAAAUCCUCCUCCCCUCUCCCCCUCUUGUAUAAAAAUCAAGAAUCUUGAUCCAUCAUCAUCAUUAUCAUCAUCAUCAUCAGCAAUCAUAUCUGAAUAUAUAUCAAGAAUCUUGAAUUUAUGGCUGGGUUCCAAGACAUGCUGCCAUUGAUGGCUGAGAGGCUGGGGGGAGAGGGGCUGAUUGGGGAGCUGUGCAAAGGGUUUAGGCUGCUGAUGGAUAGGGAGAAAGGGGUGAUCACAUUUGAUAGUUUGAAGAGGAAUUCGGCGCUCUUGGGGCUGCAGGAGCUCGGCGACGACGAGCUCCGGGGCAUGCUGACCGAGGGCGACCUCGACCGCGACGGCGCCCUCGAUCAGAUGGAGUUCUGCGUGCUCAUGUUCAGGUUGAGCCCUCAGCUCAUGCAGCAGUCGGAGGUCUUGCUCGAGUAUGCUCUGCAGCAGGAGUUUGGAUGGAAAUGAUUUUUUUUUUUUUUUUUUUUUUUUUUUUUUUUUUUUUUUUAGACUUUGGUUAUGUUUUGGAGAAAUUCUUGAUUGGCUCGGGGGUCUUUUGUUGCGAAUCGUGUUUCGUUAUUGUGUUGAUACGAUGCCGUGUGGGGCUAUUUGUGAUUAUAUGUCCAAUGCGUGUGGAUCAAUGCUAAGACGAUUUGUAAUAGAGGAUCUCGUGGGUAGAUGGGGAAUGCUCUAUUGAAUAAAGAAUUAGUGCAUAUAUUAUAGAUCAAAGAAAGAUGUGAAAUCUCAUGUUUCGUUAUUGUGUUGAUACGAUGUCGUGUUUAGGCCUUUACGAUUAUUUGUCCAAUGCAUGUGGAUUGGUUGUAAGGAUGCAAGAUGUGGCACGAUUUGUAAUAGAGGAUUUUGUGGGCAGUUCGAGAAUGUUCCGUUGAAUAAAGAAUUUGUGCAUAUAUUAUAGAUCAAACAAAUAUGUGAAAUCUCAUGUUUCGUUAUUGAGUUGA